AUGGGCAACGUUGGCUCCUCACACGGCUCGAGUGGGGCGCGCACCCAGCCUCAGCCUCAGCCUCAGCAACCACAACAGCAAGCACAACCUCAGCAACUGCAACAACAGCAGGCGGCAUCACCACCACCACCACAACAACAACAACAACAACAACAACAACUGCCUCCUGUUACUCAAUCUCCAGCAGGAGCAGAGGCGGAAGUCACCUCCGAUUUCGACGUUGUGCGGCAGUCGCUGGCUGAGCCCGCGCUCCUGAUCGGCGACGACUUGUCGCAGCUCCCCGGUGGCGAUGCGGCGAUGGCAGCUGCAGGCGGUGCGAGUGCGCCGAGCUGGCUGCGGCAAAUGACGAUCGCGUUCGUCUCUGGCUCCCCGAGCACCUGCACCAGCCCCAGCUCAACCCCUCCGUCGUCGGCGAUGGCGUCGUCGGGCCCGUCCACCGUGUCCUUUGCAGCCACCGUCACCGAGCACUCUCCCACCCUGCUGCUGGGCGCCGCCAACCGCCCGCUGUCGACCGUCUCCACAUCGUCAUCGUCCUCUGGCGGCUCUUCCCACGACGACGGCAAUCCGAGCACGGCGGCGGGCCGCGAGAGCUUCCACAGCGCGCAGACGACCAUCAGCACUUUCAGCAGCAGCAGCAGCAGCAGCGGCAACAGCAACACCAGCAGCAGCACCGCCACAGGGGGCAGCAGUCACAGUGAUGAAAGUGGCGCGACGACGGCGACCGCGACGCUGUCCUCCGCUCACACCUCCGCCGGGUCGCUCCAUCACGCUCACCCUCACGCUCACCACCGCGCCGGGGCCCGCAAGUCAGCACACGAGCAACGCGUCUUCCCGCCGUCCGGCACGUUCAUCCACAUGGUCCGCGAUGCCCCGUUCAGCAUCCACGCCAGAUCAACGGAACCCAUCCCAGACGACAUCUUCCAGUACUACUCGCUGCACGAUCACGGCCGAACACGAAGCAACCUGCUGCCGGGCCAGAUCGUGCCCGACUUUGACGAGCUGCUCAGGACACCGACUGUUCACCUGCGCUCGCUUGGAGCCGGCUUCCGACGCGAAGACGACAAGUCCAUUGUUUGCCGCUUGCCCACGCUGCCUCCCUGGCCGCAGUCGGUGACCAGCUUCCUGUUCCUGCUCAACCACGAGGGCAGAGUGAUGCUGCGCGUUCCGAUCAACGGACUUGUGACGUCUCUCGAAGUGGAUGCCCGCCUCGCUCUGACCACGGACGAGCGCGCGAAUCGCUUGGACUCGCUGUCCAGCUACUCGCAAGUCACCAAGAUCUUUGUCAACGCCAAGCCGCACAUUAACGUUACCGCAGCGUCAUCGUCGGCUGCGUCCGCCCUGCAAACCACCGUCACCCCUCCCACCCCGACUCCGGCUGCUGCUUCUGCUGGUGCGGCUGCCGUUGCGCCGCGCGUCGGCGAGCUCAAAGCGGAGGUUCGGCCGGGUCUGCGCAAGUCCCCGUCCGCCUUCUCCGAGGACUUUAACUUUGAGGAAUUCUACUCGCCCUUGACUGACAACGAAGUGUACGGCGAGUUUACCCUGCGCGCCAUCCGUCGCCCCGUCACGUACAUUGAUGCCACGGAUGGCGUUCAUCUGGCCUUCCGCCCAUUCCUGCCCGAGCCCGGCAUGCCAACGCCCGCGGCUCACGUCAUCACCCUGCACCACUACGGAUUUGACGGGUUUGUCUUGAACUUUUUGUGCGAAAAACUCGUGGAAGACUCCAACAUUGCCUGCUACAAUCUCGAUUUGCGCGGCCACGGCCGUUCUGGCGGCGAGUUUGGCGACGUGUCGAGCACGGAGCAGCUUUUUGCAGACAUUCGCACGAUGGUGCGCUUUGUCAAGUGGAAUCGUGCGACUCCUGCGCCAGUCAUCUUGCUCGCCUUUGCUGGCGCGGGCGGCUUGCUCGCCAACUAUUCCCUCUGGGAAGACAAGGAGGCUGUUGAUGGCUAUGUCUUUGCCGCAACCAACUUUGGCACCUACAAGAAGAUUAUGCGAGAUGGCAAAAUUCUCACCCUCUCCAAGCGCUUUGGCGUGAAAGUGGAUCGUAGCAAAAUGGCCAUUCACAAGCUCUCGCGCGGUCUCGUCAUGAAGCAUUCCACUGCCGUCGAGAUUGAUACAACCCAUCGCCCUUUCGCAACCCACGCGAAUCUGGGCAACAUGCCGACGGGCGUGAUCAAAUUCACCACUGAAUUUAUUCAGGCUUUCAACUGCGACAAGCCCAAGCGCGCCUUCAAGCGCAUCCAGCAGCCGAUUGCAAUUUUCGCUGCAGAGCAAGACGAAAUUUUGGAUGCGCAAAAAGUCGUCAACCUGGGCGCCGUCUGUCCCAAUACGCGAAAGCUGCUCUGUGUCGUGCCGAACGUCACCCAUUUGGGGCUCUUGGCGGUGGUCCACAGCUACAUUGGUGAAUGGAUUAUCAAAACAUACGCGCAGUCAGGCACCACCAACGACGACGAGUUUGCCUUUGUGCAAGACCACCAGCAGGACGACGAGUUUGAAGAGCUGUCGGCCGAUCGCCUCAAUGUUCCCCGCAUGUCGUCUGGAGAAUCGCUGAGCGGCCGAUCGUCGCCCGGGCCGCAGCCCGUUGUGGCUGGCGUCUCUCCUUCGUCAAGUGCGCACAACCUGCGCGAUUUUGCCGCACCGCUGCCUGCGGCCGGCUCGCCGACGCUGACCGCAAACCCCAACAGCAACCUCUCACCAGAUCAGAUCUAUGGGUACUCUCACGUCAAGGACGUCAUUGACGCCAUUCCCGGCGUGCCGCACGUUCCAGUCAAGUACAUUGAAGGUCGCGGCGGCGUGCGACUUGCCUACUACGAGUUCCUUCCACCCAACACGGGCUCCACUCCCUCCACCCCGUCGCUCUCUGCGACAAAUGAGGGCUCAUGGAUGGGCUUGGGCGCGCGCAAUGUCGUUGGUCAGAUUGUCAUGGUCAUGGGCAAGCCCUGGCUGCAGGUGCUCGCGCAUCAGCUUGCCAGCAGGCACAACAUUGCUUGCUACAUUCUCGACGUUCGAGGUAUCGGAAAUGCGGGUGGCAAACGCGGUGACCCCGAGAGCAAGGAGCACGUCUGGAGCGAUGUUCGAACCAUGCUGCGCUACGUCAAGAACAAGGACCACUCUGUGCCGUGCUUUUUGCUCGGCUGGCAGCGACACGGCUCGCUCGUGCUCAACUACAACCAGUGGAAGGACAAGGAGACGCCCGACGCGCUCAUCUUUGUCGCUUCCGGCUUCAACCUGUCGUCCGGGCUCUUCCGUGAAGGAGCUGUCGAUACCCUCAAGGGCGACGUCAACUACUUGGACUUGGUGUUGUCGCGCAUCUCUGGCGGCCUCUUCCGCUCGCACGGCAAGACCUGGCGGAUGCGCAAGGCGACAGCCGAAUUGCUCAAAGACACGUUCGAUCCGACGCUCGUGACCAGUGUCAGCGCCGCAUUCAUGGGCGCUUACAACAUUGAAAGCAUCGGCGACGCGAUCGGCAGCAUUGAUCGACCGUUCUGCUACAUUGUCGGAGCCGACGACCAGGUCUUGGCUGCCGACAAGAUCACCGAGCUCAUGUCGAACGCGGCCGACAAGGUGCACUCAUCGCGGCGCUUCAUCAAGGCCAUCCCAGACUCCAACCACGUCAACGUACUCGUCAAGUGCAGCCAGGACAUUGCCACCUUUGUCAGCUCCAUCUCUGAGACUCUGUCGGUGCCAACCAAGCCGCCGGCCAUCAUCAACCCGACGUUGGUCGACUUUGAGGUCUUCCGCGUGAUUGGUCGCGGCGCGUUUGCCGAGGUGCUCUUGUCUCGGCACAUUCCCUCCAACACCUUCUAUGCCAUCAAAGCCAUGUCAAAGCACAAGCUCCUCAAGCUCGGCCACGUCGAGCACGUCCGUGAGGAGAAGGCCGUGCUGGAGAAAAUCAACCAUCCCUUCCUCGUCAACAUGGUUGCGACGCUCCAGGAUUCCGACCGCAUCUUUAUGGUCUUGGAGUAUGCCAUUGGUGGCGAGCUAUUUACGCUGCUCAAGCUCUCGCAUCGCUUCUCGCAGCCCAUGGCCACGUUCUACAUUGCAGAGAUUGUGCUUGCGCUUGGCUACCUGCACUCGUUGGACAUUGUCUACCGCGAUCUGAAGCCCGAGAAUGUCUUGCUCGACGGUCGUGGGCACAUCAAGCUUGCGGACAUGGGCUUUGCGCGGACGCUUCGCAAGGGCGAGCGUCGCAUGUCCUUCAUUGGUACUCCUCAGUAUCUUGCGCCAGAGAUUAUUCAAGGUUUUGGUCAUGACAUGUCUGUCGAUUGGUGGACGCUGGGUGUCUUUGCGUUUGAGCUCGUGACUGGACACGUCCCGUUCAAACGCCGAACAGUGAACGAGCUCUACAACCUCAUUCUCCACUCGAAUGUCGUCUACCCGCAGGACAUGCAGACCAAGUGCCCCGAGGUUGUCUCUCUCUGCAAAGCGCUGCUGACCUUGAGUCCUCAGCGUCGACUGGGCAGCAAGGGCGUCCAAGAAAUUCAGGCCCACCCGUUGUUUAAGGCGUACAGCUGGGAGCAGCUCGAGCGCUGCCGUGUGCCGCCGCCGUUCGUGCCGUCCUACAACUCUCCCGGAGACACUGGCAACUUUAUCAACUACAGUGCGCUGGCGAGCGAGGACGACAGCGAGGGUGGUUUGACGGGCACAGACAAUGAUUUGUUUGUCGGCUUUUAAGCGUCGACUGUCUGUGUUUUGUUUUGCUAGAAGCUUUUGCAAGUUUUGUUGUUGCCGUGUUCAGGAACCUUUUUGUCAACGAUCGCUUCGUCGAGCUCAGGCACGUCGCAUGAGUUUUUUUUUUUUUUUUUGCGGAUGUUGCGCUCUCUUUGGCGAUCGUUGCAUUCAGGAGUGUUUUGUUGUUUAUUGUCGUUGUCGCGUGAAUAUAGUGACUCUUUUGUGUGCGCGCCA